CUGGAUUGUCAAAAUUGUCAAGUGAUAUUUUUACAAAAUGCAAUAAAAAAUCGAUUUUAAAUGAAAGUCGAACGAAAUGAAUUCAAAACCUACAAUUUAUCAUGAAAAACAGGUUAAAGAAUUGUGUGCUCUGCACGCGCUUAAUAAUUUAUUCCAGACGCGUGGAACUUUUUCUAAGUCAGAGUUAGACUCGAUAUGCAGCCGACUGUCACCCAACGUGUGGAUCAACCCUCACCGCUCCAUGCUGGGGCUUGGCAAUUAUGACAUCAAUGUGAUAAUGGCAGCUCUGCAGAAGAAAGGUUGUGAAGCAGUGUGGUUUGAUAAACGAAAAGACCCAGGAUGCUUAGAUUUAUCAAACAUCUGUGGGUUCAUACUGAACGUGCCAUCCGAUUACAAGCUAGGGUUUGUAAUGCUGCCGCUGCGGCGGAGGCACUGGAUUACCAUUCGCCAGAUCCAAGGGAAUUUCUACAACCUUGACUCGAAAUUGGAUGCCCCUCAGCUCAUAGGGCGGAGUACAGACCUAAUAGCAUAUUUGAAAGAGCAACUGGACAGCAAAGAGAAGGAGUUGUUUGUGGUGGUGAGCAAGGAGGUGGAGGAGAAACAGCUGUGGAUGCAGCAGUACACCAACGCGAAGCCCGCCGCAGCGGAGCGCGUCGCAUCGGAGCGCGUCGCAUCGGAGCGCGUCGCAUCGGAGCGGGCGCCGCAACGCGCCGACAGCCCUGCGGACAGCGUCUCCUCCACGUCACCCUAUGACUACAGAAAUCGUGAUGCAGAGUGCCUCCAGUUAACCGAAGUCAGAAACUGUAUUGUCAGUAGAGAAAGUAAUCUCCAAGCGUAGCCACAUUUCCAACUGUCCUCACUGACUGUUGUGAUCACAAAGCAAUUUUUAUGUGUUCACUAUACUUUGAUCGUAAGUGUGCGUGUCGUGUGUUUACAAAUACUUUGUAAGCUGUCUCAUUUUUUUUAAUGAAUCGAGCGGGUGAUCGUCCACUGAUUGUAUUAUGAUGGAUGCCAUUCUGGUUGUUCUGUGAACGUAACUUUUUACGUACUUAACAAACAGCAAUAAUUUUAAAUGUAAUUAUUUAUGUAUUGGACCGCAGUUCCUCUGUGGCACUUUAUUUUUGUUUAGCACUAUUAAUCUUUGAUUUGUAUUAGUUUUGUUGAUUUUAUAAAGUUUUUGGUGUGUUUAGUAAGAUAGAAACUAAGAUUAUGGCCUAUUGUUAUAAUUUUUAGAUAAUAAUGUUUUACAAUUUUUUGUACAGUCGACAGCACAUCAUACAAUACAUUUUAGUUGCAAUAUCGCACCUAUAUUAACGACGAAUCGUGUUAACGUUGAUGUGCGGUCGUCUGUACACUGAUGGUUAUUAAUAAUGGUAUCACAAAAUGUGAUUUUUGCCAAAUGUUUGAAUCUACCUUAUAAAUUUUAAGUUUAUUUAUUGUCUCGAGCUCUGUUUUAAAAUGUUUAUGAUAAUAAAUAAAGUAGCUAUAGCCUCUAAUAGUGAAAACAGUAUUGUCUUGUAUAAUAGAAGCGAUAGACGUACGGGCGCGCUGUACUCGCGGCGCCGGAUAUACCAAACUUCAAUUCCACCAUUGUUGCAUAAUAAUUAAAUAGAUUAAAGUAAUUGCUAUGGGGCACUUAUAAAUCCUAUCAAAACGAGCUUUCUGAGCACAAUUAUUUAUAAAUAUUUUUUGUUUCUGAUUGAUUUGUGAUCUGAAUGCACUGUUAAUUAUGUUUAUGUUGUUACAUGAUAGCACAAUAUUAUUUAUUUAGUUCACAUUUUGAUGUUUAUCAAUCAUCACACGAUGCAUUCCUUGGCUUAAGCGAACAAAGUUCUUCAACGAGACUUCUCUGUUUUUAACUUUUAUUCUAUAUUUACUGUAUAUAGAAAAUAUUUUUUCAAAAAAUAGAAAGUGUGAUUAACUUG